ACCGGCAGCCGCCAUGGCGGUGGACAUCACCCUGCUUUUUAAGGCCAGCGUGAAGACCGUGAAGACUCGCAACAAGGCGCUGGGGGUGGCGACGACGGGGGACAGCGCAAGGGACGAGCUGCUCAAGCGGGGCACCGCCCGCUCCAAAAGCGACUUCACCAGCCGGGCGCGGGAGGUGAUUUCUCAUAUUGGAAAGCUGAAAGAUUUUCUUCUACAACACAGAAAGGAUUAUAUUAAUGCUUACAGCCAUAUUAUGUCUGAAUUUGUGAGAAUGACGGAUACAGAGCGUGACCAGAUAGAUCAAGAUGCCCAGGUGUUUAUGAGAACGUGUGCAGAUGCCAUUCAUCAGCUCAGAACAGAAGCACACAAGGGUGUCCAGUCUGCUCAGGUGAAGGAGCACAGAACAGCUGUCUUGGACUUCAUUGAAGAUUACUUAAAAAGAGUGUGCAAGCUGUAUUCUGAACAAAGAGCCAUCCGAGUUAAGCAAGUGAUAGACAAGAAGAGACUGUCCAAACUUGAACCUGAGCAGAGCAAUGUGUCCAAAGCACCUCUUUCCACUGAAAAAUUUUCACAGAGUCCUUUAGAGGAUUCUGAAGAAAAACUUUCUGCUGAGGAAAGCAAAGACAGGAAUCUGCCCGAUGCCCAAAGUAACCUUGGAUUAUGGGGGGAUGGCAGAGGUGAAGAUGAGCUGUCACCUGAAGAAAUACAAAUGUUUGAACAGGAGAAUCAGAGACUUGUUGGUGAAAUGAACAAUCUCUUCGAUGAAGUCAGACAAAUUGAAGGAAAAGUGGUGGAAAUCUCCAGAUUACAAGAGAUAUUCACUGAGAAAGUCUUGCAACAGGAAACUGAUAUUGACAAUAUCCACCAAUUAGUUGUGGGUGCAACAGAGAAUAUAAAAGAAGGCAAUGAAGACAUAAGAGAGGCCAUCAAAAACAAUGCUGGAUUUAGAGUAUGGAUCCUCUUCUUCCUUGUGAUGUGUUCAUUCUCCUUGCUUUUCCUGGACUGGUAUGACAAUUAAUUAAACAUAUUAUUGGCUCCAUGC